GGGCGAUGCUGCACGGCGCGGGGCGCCGCACCCGGGGCGUGGUUCUCGACCCAGUCGGCCUGGACUCCGGCCACGGCGGAGGCUACUACCAGCCCCUGAAGGGCGGGAGCUACUCCGACCGGGGGCUAGCGCGCGAGUUCCACCGCAACCCCGACGUGCGUGUACACGAGGCCUUGGGCAGCCAGUCCGCGGAGCCGCCGGAGAUCCCGCCGAGCUGGGUCGACCCGAGGAGGUGGGAGCCCGAGGAGCACCACGCGGACGACUGGAGGCGCCCGCACGCCGACCAGGUGUCCGGCGGCGCCAGGAGCGAGUGCUGCCCUCGGGGUUCGGCGGCGGCGCGCCGCAGCCGCAGGGCCGGGAGCCAGACGCGCCCCCAGGAGGUCGACCGCGCCGGCGGGGCGGCCGCGCUGGCAGCGCGCGGGGCAGUGGAGGAGCCCAUGGGCAAGGAUGCCGCCAAGGGCUACCUUUCUUGCCCAAGUUGCCGCUACCGCUGGAACUGGAAGACGCGAGAGCACUGCUUCUCCUGUGGAAAUGCGCUGGUCCCCUCGCCACCGCCGCCGUGGCGCCAGGCCAAAGGGGCGGGCAAGCAGCCGACAGUGGCGGAGCUCCUCACGCAGCUCCAGCAGCAUGUCAAGGCGGACGCAGGGGCGCAGGAGCUGCAGGCCCUGGUCCAAGCGGUGGCGCCGCCAGCGCCUGCGCAGCCAGCCCGCCAGCCGCUGUUGGAAAAGACCAUCAGUGCGAAGGGCGUGGCGUGCAGGAGGGCGGAGAAGGCCUUGGAGCACGCGGUCCGCCAGGAGGACGAGGCGCGGCGCCGGCUGGCGGAGUGCAGCCAGCGGACCCAGGAGGCGGCUGCGUGGGCGGUGCAGGCCAAGACGGCCUGGCAAGAGGAGUUCAGGACUGAGUUACAGAAGGCCCGCGGCUCGACGCCUGGUGCGGGGCCUCCGCCUGAGGCGGUGCAUGUGCCGACGGGUUCCCAGAUCAACCUGUCGCAGCUGCUGGGGGAGGAGAGUGGUUUCGAUGGUGUGGAGAUCAUGGACGGCGAGGCUCUCGACCUCAGUGAGCUCGAAAUCGGAGACGAGGACAAGCAGCGGUGGCUUGCCCUCAAGAGCAACAUGGCGGUUGAGAUCCAGAAGGCGGCCGCUUUGGACAUGCGGCAGGUGCUCAGCAGCGGCGAACUGGGCAUCGAGAGUUAUAUGCGGAUGAAGGCUGCGUGGGAUGUGCACAACAAGCUCAUCCAUGGCACGGGCGGCCAGCCCCCUCCGACGUCGGCGAAACAGAGCAAACAGAACCAUAACGACACGACCAAGAAGAUGGCGGCAAAGCGGACGGCAGCCCUCAUCGCAGACGGCAGUGCGGCAGCUGCGGACGGUGGUGGCGCCAAUGACAAGGAAAUCAAGCUGGAGGUGCAGCCUGAGGAGACCGAGGAUCCCGAGUUACAGGCCUUCUUACAGUCAGAAAAGUGGAAGAAGUUGCAGGCGAUCAUCACGGGUAAGGUCAAGGCUGCAGGUGCUGCUUUUAGCGGCAGUGAUGAUAUUCCACUGCCUCAGUCCCCUGAGACAGGCAAAGGAGAGGGAGAGCACAACGAGCCCGUCAAGCGUGCCUUUGACGAGCUCUCAGAGGAGGAGACCAAGCUUCUCUUCGAAUCCAAGGGUGACUACGCGACGUUCCAGGGCAAGCUCAGGGAGAUGGCCAAGAAGCAGCGUUAUUCCUAA